UCUGAAUUUAAUUUGCAUUGGCAAGAGAAAGAGGGAGGAAGGAAGAGAAAGGUAACCCUAGAACAGAGAAUCGAAACGAAACGAGUGCAUCUGCAAAGUUAAUAGCCAUGGAAUCUGCGGCUCGAAGAAGAGGAGGAGGCAUUUUCGAAGGCCUUUACAAGGUCGUCAUGCGUCGCAACUCUGUCUAUGUUACCUUUGUCAUUGCUGGUGCCUUCCUCGGUGAACGGGCUGUUGAUUAUGGUGUUCACAAGCUCUGGGAGCGCAAUAAUGUUGGGGUAAUAAACCUUCUUUACUCUAUGUUUAAUCUAUCGUUGAUGUUAUGGUGCAUGUAUUGCCAUAUUCAGUUAGUUUUCCACAACAACAACCACAAACAAACCUUAUCCCACUAGUUAGUUUUCUCAGACAAUAAAUUUGACUGGGCAAAUUGAGACGAUGCUCUUGUUGGAUCUGAUGUUGUAUUUAAUGUUUUAUUUUUUGUGAAACUUAGAAGGCGUUUUUUCCGUCAAAUUUACAUUCUUCUGAAUAAUAUUUGUUUCUAGAUCUUUAUAUUGUGCGUAUAACUUUUGAAGGGAUUAAGCUUCUAAUAUUUCUACAAUUCUACUGUUUCGAUUGCAAUAAAAUAUAGUCCAUGGUAUUUUUUCCCUUUCUUUAUUGAACUUAUGGAUGUGGUUUUGAAAAGAUCUCUUAAGAUUUCUUGUUUUCUAUGACUAUUUAUUGAAUUGUUGGUUCACUUUAACAUUAUAUUUGGAAUCUAUGACCAUCAAUCAUAGCGAACAUGAAAUGGGUGCAAUCUUUUUGGCUAACACCAGUAAGGGUCCAAGAAUUGGUUGUUGUUGUACUAUGACUAUGACUACCAAUUAACUUAAUUUCUUGCUACUGCAAAAUAGAGCACAGUUUAUCACAAUUACAUCCUAGUAUAUUAGAUUUAUAAUUAGAUCACUAUGUAUGUUAUAUUCAAUUGGAUUAGGCUUGGUUUUUCUCUGAAAGGUUUUUAUAUUAAUAUUAAAAGAUCUAUAAGCAGAUUUUGACUGGACAACAGUGUCAAAAUUGGAAAAAGUCUUUAGGUUUCCAUCACUACAGAAUGUUAAAGCAUGCAGAGGAAUGGUUUUCAUCUAAUUACUUCAUAAUUGUUUGCACCUUAUACUAAUUACUAUCCGUGUAAAGUUAUAGUCAAGGAAUUCUAAAUACAUGCAUGGUCUGUUAAGUUUUGUGUGCCACAACUUAUUUUUAGUGUUUAAUAAUGUCACAUACUUAGGUACUGCUUCAGUAGGUUGUGCCUAUGUUCCUUGUUUUUUAUAUUAUGAUGUUGAAUUCAAUGUUUAUAAAUACUAUUCAAUUGUAGUUUACAAAUAGUUUAACAUCACUUUGGCAUUUGAGUCAUCAUAUUGUUUGCGGAUGAUGCCAUUUUGACACAUCAUAGUUUUGCUUUCACUGAUCAGUAUCAACUAUAUUAUUCUUGUUCAUCCAACAUCAAUUUCGUUGUUUACCAUGCUUCGGUUGCUUGCCUCCCAGAAGAAAAGAUACAGAAGAAAUGGCUUUUCCUUCUCUAAUAUGGUGGAAAACACACACAUAGACGCAUACACUCACUCUAUCUCUGAUGUAGCCCUUUCCUUUUUCAAUUUCCUUGUCUCAAUAACUCAAAAUUAUCUAGGGGCACAAGUUGGUUUCUGUUGCCAAUUUUGCUGUCUCUGACUUCACUAACUAGUUCUUUCACUUGUCUUUUCUCUGUCACGUGUUGACAAGCUUGCUUCCAUGAUUGAUCUCUUUCUGAACUAAAAGUUAAAAAAGAUGCUGUAAUUGGUAUUCCAUUGUUCAAAAUAAGGUAGCGCUGGAUAGAACUUAUAUGUGCAAGAACAGGAUGGAACAUAACAUGAGUUCUGUUCUAUGUACAUCUUGAAAAUAGAAUAUAACAAAGCAAGAGGUUAGAAAAUGGUGCAUUUUGGUCCAUUGGUGGAACCAAGGAGAAUUGGACUUCCAUUUUGUACAUGUACCAAAUGCUAUGUAGGUUUUCUUCUGGCGUUCAUUAUUUUUUAUUUUUUUAAAUGAUCAAAUAUAGAGUAAAAAUCAUUGUUGAUUAGGGGUUGAAGGCCUGAUUAAAAAUGUUGCCUUGGUUGAUAUUCCGUUGAUGAAAGUGUUUGCUGUUACUCUCUUGUUUCUUUUGUCCAUCCUAAUCUAAUUAUUUUUUAUCUGAAAUAACGUUCUCAUUUGUUAAUGAAACUAAUUGUUUAGAGAGAUUAUAUAAAAUCUAAUCAAAUAAGAGUCACAAUAGAAAUGUUAAGGUGUAAAUACGCUCUCCAUCUGUUUUACCAUGAGGAGAGUGAAAAGAGAGGGGGAGAAGAUUGUGUAUUCACUAAAUGGCUGAAUCUUGGAGCUACAUGUUUGGGGCAUGUGCCCAUUUUUAUAUUUCUGAUUUUGAAAUGCAUUUCUUUGCCUCAUUUAUGCUUGGCAGAAGGUUAAUUCAUAGUAUCAAUUAAAAAAUAGGUGGGAGCGAUCCUGUAUGUCUAAUUAUAGGCAAUUUUGUGCCGUCUAACCCAUCUAUGCUAGAAGACACUGUAUAUUAGUUGUAGUGCUGUACCAUUUUGCCAACCAUUUUUUUUAAUGAUUCUAGUGUUUAAGAUGCAACUAUGGACACUCUGGUUUUUAUAAUGCAAUUUCUUUUGCAGAAACGAUAUGAAGACAUUCCUGUGCUAGGGCAAAGACAAUCAGAAGAGUGACCAUCUUGUUAGCCAUUUUUGAAGUUUUAAUAGAAUUUGGAAAUUUGAAGUGAAUAUUCCCUUCUGGAAGCAUUUUCCUUUUUGCAAUAAGUGCGAUAUGCUUGUCUCUUUCAGGCUUAACUCUUAUGAGUGGUUUCAUUUACUGGCUGAUGGAAAUAUUAAAUAUUGAACCACUGCAGAAUUCUGUAUUUUU